AUGAGUGAAUCUCCUAACUGGGAUCAAAACUUGGACGACGAGCAACAGGAUCUUCGGCUCAAGGUGAACUCACGAGAGCGAAAACGAAUGCACGACUUGAACUCGGCUUUGGACGGACUACGCGAGGUUAUGCCUUAUGCACACGGACCCACAGUUCGCAAACUGUCAAAAAUUGCUACUCUUAUUUUGGCGCGAAAUUACAUCAUGAUGCUGAGUGCUUCGCUUACCGAGAUGAAAAAGCUUCUCGCCGAGUCCUACUCGGUUAAUGCGGCACUCACUCAUUCGCUGCAAAAUGGCGGGAAACCGAUAAGCCGUUCGGGUCAAAACUUGGGCCCAAGUGGCGUCGCGGCGAAUUGGAAUUUUCCGCUGAACGAGUUACGCAACUCAGGCAGUGAUUGCGUAAGAGGAACCACUCAACCGCAGUGCCAAAUCAGCGAACACUUCGUCUCAACGGCCAGGCUGCCCAUCCUUCGGUUUGUAGAGAAUCUCAAAACUUAUGUAAAAAAAACAAAAGAACCCCGAAAAGACUUCUAA